CCGGUUACAUACCACAUAGUAAACCAAUAUGUAGGAACGUAAUGUAGAGUCCUAUGCCACUGAAAUGCAGUAAAUCAAGUCUGAAAAUUAUUUCCUGAGGAGUAUAGAAAAUAUAAAGAAAGUCAGGAGUAGCCAUAGAACUUUUCUGGAUUAAUUUAACAAUGGUGUAUAUGCAGAUCAAAGAACAAACAGCUGAUAAGCUACACUUGUGUCGAGAACCAAAUUCCUGGUCUUGGUGUUUGCUUUUUGGUGUGAUUACUGGUGGUAUUGGAGCAAUUUACUAUGGUUCAGAUCAUUUUUUAUGGAAGAUCUUUUGGUUAUUGGGAGCUCUCCUGCUCGGUCUCACUGCAAUGGAAGAUUGGGAGGACUGUAUAUUUGAAAAGCCAACUGGACUGCUGACCAUCAAAAAGCGAAGUCUUCUACAACGGUUCCUUCACCCACUGCUCAAACAACAUGUUGUGAAAGCCAGCUUAGACGACAUUGUUGGUGUACGUGUUGAAGAAAGAGAAAUGAAGUACCUUGGUAAAGGAAACCAGGUGGUGGUUCUUUUGGCAGCUGGUGCUAUUAUUGGUAUCACAGAAUCCUUUACAAUAGGAGACAGCAGUGACCACUAUGCUAUUGCCCACAAAAUACAAGAUUUCCUUGAAGUAGAUAUGAAUCGUCACCAUGACCCAAAUGAUGGGGACGACUAUCUUGGGGACAGUUCAUCAUCCGAGGAUAGUUUCGAACAAAUUGGUCCACAAUAUGUUCUGCCUGAAAGUUCAAAUGUUGCAGCAAAUACAGAAAAUAUGUACAAGAUGUGACUGAACUGAUACAAAAAAAUUUGUAAUUUUAUUUUCACUGAAUUGUUGUCUGUACACAAAAUCGGGUGUGUGAAGAAAACUCUAGCAUCAAGGCUUCUGCCACAACUGCUUCAUUUCCGGAACAAAAACAGGGAAAUUGCAGAAAUAUUGUGUUUGCUGAUAUUUAAAAUGCAUCACUGAAAUAAAUGCAUCAAAUCUUUGUUUUAAACUUUUAAAAUACAGCACAACAAAAAACUGAGUGGUUAUGAAUUCAAACCUAAUUAUAGCCAUUUGUGUUCUGCCCCUGCACAAACCACACUCAACUCUGCUUGCCUCAGUCACUUGGACUGACAUUGAUUGCCACUCGUGUUUUAUAUUUAAAAAGCCUGGAGGCUGGAAGGGAUAGCCAGCUGUAAAAAUUGUUCCUAUCCUACUGAAACGUCCAGAUUUAUCAAAACCAUCCUAUUCAUACAAGCUUGGGAAGAUUAAAGUGAAACAACUAAUCUGUACAUAUAACAGUUUUUUUUUAUAAAUUAUAUAUUUUAUUAAAUGCAUAAAAAACAUAAAGAUUUUGCUUCGUUAUUAAAUAGUUAAUUAUUUAAUAUAAAUAAAACUAUCAAUAGUACUUAAUAUUAUUUUUGAUUUUUUUAAAUAUACUUAAUGUUAAUUUAAGAUAUUGAUUUGUAUAGUUUAGCUUUAGAAUAUUAAAUCCAGACAGAGUUUAGAUAAAAAUAAUUCAUUAAAUGUAUGGUAAUAUUUUUUAAAAUGCUUAAAGCCCAUUGAGAUCAACUUUGCCUUUGGUCACCUUGGAUUGACAAAAUAAAGUGCCAAUCCAGUACAUAAUCAGUUAUAAAGUUGGAAUAUAGAAAUUUUUACAGGAACUUUGAGUCAAAAUAUCAGAUGCAACAUGAAAAGCAAUAAAAUGUAACUUCACUGAUAAUGUAAAGAUCUUUGUUCUGUAAAGUAAUGAGUAACUUGAAUGAUGUAAAACCCAGAUUCACAGAUUAUGAUCAAAAUCCGAGUUUUAAUGGAAACAUACCAAAUUUUAGAAUGUUGAGUUUCUACCGCAAUGGAAAGAUAUAAUGACAUGUUGUAUUCAUUAAGAAGUUGGGAAAUGAUUGUUACAUUUUUAUGCAUUCUUGAAAACUGUAAAAUCAAUAUUUUUAUUUUGCAAAAUGUUAAAAGGUACAUAUUAUUAUUAUUAUUAUACUUUCUAAUUUGCAAUUGACUUAAAGAAUAUUUUUAAACAUUUUCCAUAUAAUAAACUUAACAUUCCAUUCA